GGUGCAGGUCGGAGAUGCCGCUGCUGCUGGGAGACGACGAGGUGGAGGCGCUGGAGGCCGCGCUGUCGUACGUAGAUGCCCUUCCUGGCAGCGACUCGGAGCUACAGGGACAGGGAAACUCGGCAGUGGCGGCAGCAGCAGCGGCUGGGGCAGGAAGCUUCGGCGCUGCGGGCGGGGGAGAGGUCCGACUAGACGCAGAGCUGGACCGAUUGCUCCUGGAGACGCUCUCUUCUUCGUCGGAGCAUGACAGCGACUCUACCCCAUUGACCGCGACGUCUUCAGCAUUAACGGUGGCGCCGCCGGCAUCGGUGCACGUCCUGCCGUCGCCUCUGCUGCCUAUGGUGGCGAACGUCGGCGCUCCCGACGUAUCUGGGCAAGCUCGACGCGGCUCCCGAGCGGCCAAGAACGCAACGACUACUCUAGCCAAAACCAAGCGCCGUGUGAAGGUCAAUCCCAAUCGCGCGCGGGACGAACGCAAGCAUGAACUCGCGUACUUGAGGAACAAGGUGGAGCAGAUGGAGAGGGAGCUGGACACGAUGCGCCACCGUCGACGCGUUCGGGACAUUUGCAAUGGAGAACCGCCGCCCGCUUCGUCAGGCGCCGAGUCUAGAGCAAUGACCACCAAAAGCGGGGCUUCCUCGUCCAGGAUGCCCUUCAUCUGGAGGGACAUCGCCACUCGCCAGCAGCAACGGCGAGAGAAGUCUGAGCGGGAGAACGUGAGGCUGAAGCUCGUGCUUGAAAGCCAGGUGAAACUGGCCAAGAGCAUGGAGACGCUGCUGCAGAAGCGAGCCCGGCAGCAAGUGUCUGGGUGCGCUGAAAUGGUGGGAGCUUCUGGGGAUCUGUCGUCGCAGGGGUCCACGCUGGACUUCCUGGUGGAUAAGGACACGUACGAGGCGCUGCUUACGAGCGUAGAGACGGCUUAUGCUGAGCUCGAGGCAGUGUUCUCCACCAAUGGUUUGCUGGGCUUGGAUACCCCCUGCCGAGACGCGCGGAUGCGUGAAGGGGCCAGUGGGAUGUAUCUUGAUGUGUUUGCCAACAAAGUGUUGCCCUUUAGCUACGAUGCUGUUACGGCAGCGGUGUGGAACCACUUUCGAGGCAACGAGAAGCACCGGGGCGUGGUCUACGAGAAUGCGACCAAGCACCUCGAGACUUCGUCCGACACCAUCAUGGAGGCCUUCACGAUGGAAUUCCUGGGCAAAACGACGACGGCGGAUUUCCGCGUGAAACAGGUGAUCAGACGAUUUGUGGAGACUGACAAGCAGGUCGUGGUGUGGGUGUCCAUAGGGCAGGCACUGGACCCGAACAACUCGUUUGCCAGCUUCGGCUUCGUCGACAAGGGCUACGUCGUGACCCGCCGGCCGACGUCGAUAGCCCCGGGCCACGGCGACUUCACCGUUUUGCAGAUGUGCAGCCUCGUGUCGCCGCAAAUGGCGGCGGGCUGCCGGAUUGACAUGACCGCAGCGGGGGAUUUCACCGAGUUCGUGCUGAACGUCGUGGCGGCCAACACCACCACGAGCCAGGAGCUCAUCGAGAACGUCCUGCUGGACCAGGCGCUCAACAAACAACAGGGAAACUCCAGCCUUGCUGCUUGA